AUGGUGAUCAACAACAACGACGGUGACGGUGAAGACGAUGAAGAAGAAGAAGAAGAAGACAACGGAAGAAGUGCACCGACAGCACCGACAGCACCGACAGCACCGACAGCACCGACACCACCAACACCACGGCUGUUAAAUAUUAAUCGCGUGCCAACAAGUGGCAGCUAUACUAUACAAUACCCACCACCACCGACACCACCGACACCACCGACAUCACCGACACCACCGACACCACCGACACCACCGACACCACCGCCACCACCGACACCACCGACACCACCGACACCACCGACACCACCGACACCACCGACACCACCGACACCACCGACACCACCGACACCACCGACACCACCGACACCACCGACACCACCGACACCACCGACACCACCGACACCACCGACAUCACCGACACCACCGACACCACCGACACCACCGACACCACCGCCACCACCGACACCACCGACACCACCGACACCACCGACACCACCGACACCACCAAAGCCAAUACCUAUCCAGACACAGACACCGACAGCACCGACACCACCGACACCACCGACACCACCGACACCACCGACACCACCGACACCACCAACACCACAGUCACCACCGUCACCACCGACACCACCGACACCACCGACACCACCGACACCACCGUCACCACCGUCACCACCGACACCACCAACACCACCGACACCACCAACACCACCGACACCACCAACACCAUUACCUAACCCGAUCCCUCCCCCACCACACAAACAAUAUGGCCAACGAUUGGCGAUACAAUUACUUUAA